UACGUCUAUUCAGCUUCCUUUGAAUCUUCUUCGAAUAUUAAUGAAAAAUAUCCGUAAAAAUAUAGAAUAAUCAAAAACAUAUAAUAGUAGAACUUCUCUAGAUUCUGCUGCAACCAUCAAUAAGAUUAUACACUUUUGUUACACAAUAUAGAACAGUCUAAAUUCGUUCACCUCUAAAAACACAUCUCAAUUCACGAGGAUGUGUGUGAAAUACACUUGUUAUAUCAACGAUAUGAAACGAAACACGGCAUUGUGGUGGAAAACGUCAAACAAGGCAGCUUUCCAGCCCAACACACAAUCAGAGACACAGAGCAGCGAAGAAUCGCAGCAGCACCAUCGUAGUGACUAGGCAACAUCGUCAUCCUCUCGUUCCAUAUAAUCGUCGAAUUGAAAGGCAAGGAAGAAAAAACGCGAAACGAAUUGGUGUGGCAAAAAUUUUUAGGUUUAUUGUGCAAUUUCUUAGCUAAAUUUGCGUGAUAGUUGGCACCGAAAUUUGAUUCCCUAAAACACAAGACGUGUGUACCGCCGCAGAGUGACCUUUGUACGGAACGCUGUUUAUCGAUGGAAUUGUGAGCAGAAGAAAGCAAAAUUUUUUGUUGCUGCCGAGAAAGAAAGACGAAUUGAUCCCGACGAAAAAACAAAAUUGUUGCUGGUUCUGUUUUGUGACGGCUAUAAUAUUUAGAUUUUCCAUGUGUAUUGCUGGGGUGCGGUCCCGAAAUAAGAUUUCAUACCGUUUUUCGUUUUUUUUUCUUCUCGCGAUUGUACUGUGCAAGCGCAAGUAAACGGCGGGUCUUCCAAAAAGAUGAGAUAAUCACCCACCGAAGAAGCAGCUAAGAUUAGCGUCCAGAGUGCUCAGCAAAGAAAGUGAUAUGUGGCCAAGUGUUAUCAGUGUGAAGAAUAUGACCUGAAAGUGAUUUCUCUUAUGCGCCAAUCGGGGCCUGGUAUUAUUACGCCAAAGAGCAAAGAUUACGAAUAUGGAAUAAAGCGGAGAAGUCGCACGAAUGAAGAGCAAGUGAAUAUGAAAAUGGUGGACAGUGGUUGACAUUCUUCGGUUCGGUCUUCAUUGCUGCCUUUUUUUGCUGCUAUUCGUCAUCGGAUUAUGCUGUGUGUGUUUAAUAACAUCAUCAUUAUCAACGCUGUGUCUUGGGGAGAACAAAAUAGAUUGGAACUACGUCGAGCAGGAAGCGGCUGGGAGCAGACACAACACAGACAUACGCUACCGGAAAGAGGUGACGAGCCGUGGAAUAGCAGUCGAAAUAUUUUCGAUUAGAAUUUUCGUAACGAGACACGGAGAACAUAAAUCUUUUUUCAUUUCACAAAGGGAAAAAUCUAUGUUGCAUUUCGGAGAGGGAGCGUGAUCAGAUUUUUUGUUUGAACCAAAAUAAAGAAAAAAGAACUCGGAAAUGUCACGCUUAGCCGAUUACUUUGUCAUCGUAGGAUAUGAUCACGAGAAAGAACGAACCGGCAUCAGAAACGGUAAAAUCCUCCAGCGUUUCCCAGAAAAAGAUUGGUCCGAUACACCCUUCAUCGAUGGCAUCGAAUGGUUCUGUCAACCCCAGGGCUGGGCGUUAUCAACCGCUCGCCAGGAGCCGCAGUUUUUCGUAUCCGUCCUGACGGAUAUCGACGCGAACAGACAUUACUGCGCGUGUCUGUGCUUCAACGAAACCAUCGCAAUCACUCCGAGCAAACCCAUCGACGAGGAGGAAGAGGAUGAUAACCUUUCCACCACCAGCAAGGCUCUGCUGGCGGCGAACAGUGGUCCCCCAUCAAUCACCCAUCACAGCAUCAUGUACGCCCCCAAGUGUUUGGUGAUAGUGUCCCGAUUGGAUUACAUCGAAACGUUCCGGAAUUGCCUCGGGACCAUCUAUACGGUGUAUCUGGAAAGCUUAAAAUACCACCUGCAUCAUCUCAUCGGCAGUAUACUGGGCUGCAUCCAAGUUCCUCCUCCGGGCGGACCGCAGGUUCGCUUCUCCAUAGGAGCCGGCGAUAAGCAAGUGCUGCAACCCCCACUCUCUCACACACUUCCCGUCACGGGAUCCUGCGUAAGCUUGCUUUUCCACCAGCUGGGCAUCAAGAAUGUGAUGCUACUGUUUUGCGCAGUGAUGACCGAGCACAAAAUACUUUUCCAUUCGACGAGUUACUCACGCCUCACCGACAGCUGCCGUGCGCUGACCGCCCUGAUGUAUCCAUUCCGCUACAGCCACGUGUACAUUCCUAUCCUGCCAGCGUCGCUGGUGGAAGUAUUAUCCACACCAACGCCUUUCAUAAUGGGCAUCCACAGCGCGAUGCAGUCGGAGGUGACCGAAGUGCUCGAUGUGAUAAUUGCCGAUCUGGACGGGGGCUCGAUUCACAUUCCCGAAUCGCUGGUGCCACCGGUGGCGAAAUUGCCACGGGCCCUCUGGGAGGCCACGGAGAGUGCACUGCGGCUGGUGUUGCAUCCGGAGCUAGCGCUGGCCGAUAUGGCAUUUCCCCCCAAUAACAACAAUAACAUCAAUAACGGGUAUGGCUAUCGAGAGCCGAAGAACGAUGCCACAAUGUUGGACAAAGAGAUUCGGGCUGUGUUUAUGAGACUAUUCGCACAGUUACUACAGGGUUACCGUUCUUGCCUGACGUUGAUUCGAAUGAAUCCGAAGCCCAUAAUUCAGUUCCAUCGGGCGGGUUUCCUCGGAGCGAGAGACCUGGUGGAUUGUGACUUUUUGUCACGAGUGUUGGAUAGCAUGUUCUUCACCGGCUUCGUGACAGAAAGGGGUCCUCCUUGGAGACCCUGUGACGCGUGGGAUGAGCUGUACAGUUCGAUGAACGACUUACUCAAACAGGAGACACAAGACCCCGGUAUGGUUUUAAUACACAUCCAGGAUUUGGCCAAACAGUUGUUCACCAACGAGAACCCCAACCCACAGCCGUACCAGCAGAAAAUUCUCCGACCACCAGAAGGGGCAUUCGCGAGGAUUCAUCAACCCCCAAUGCCAUUAAUCGAUAGCCAGGAGGUUCAGAAGGUAAUAAACGAUGGGCUUGCGGCGAACGAUCUCCAAGCCAGGCUCCAAACCAUCCGGCCAACACCACGGAUCGUCCCAAUGGGUCCGUAUCUGAAACCAGUUCCGGAACUUCGACCUGUCGUGAACAAUAGUGUACGCAAGUUGGAGGUUCUAAAGACCUGUAUAAGCUGUAUCUUUGAAAAUAAAAUCACCGAAGCGAGGAAAAGUUUUCCGGCAGUUCUUAGGAUACUGAAGCAGCGAGACGCUCGGAUGACACUGUGUAGGGAACUGGCAAGGAUAGCUCACGGCAAUAAACAGUUAGACCAUCAGCAAUUCGAUCUGGUUGUAAAACUUAUGAACCGAGCGCUGCAAGAUGAUUCUUCUAAAGACGAAUACGGCGUUGCAGCAGCAUUGCUCCCACUGUCUACUACAUUCUGUCGGAAGCUUUGCACCGGGGUGAUUCAGUUUGCUUACACUUGCAUACAGGAUCACCCUGUCUGGAAGAACCAGCAAUUCUGGGAGGAUGCUUUCUACCACGACGUGCAGAAUUUCAUCAAAGAACUCUAUCUGCCUCGACACCACAAUCAUGACAAACCAUACAGCAGCUGGUCCACCGACAACAACGGGUUGACCCAUUCGGCGUCUCGAGACAAACUGGACCGUUCGACGUUACUUUCGAGAGCGCAGGAACCUUCUGCGCUGGAGAUUGCCGCCGAUCAGAUGAGAACCUGGCUCUCGAUAGACGGCGAAAAGCAGAAUGAAUUGAUCAGUUCCGAAGAGAAAACGCUUUACAGCCAAGCGAUUCACUAUGCAAAUCGGAUGGUUUUCCUGCUGAUUCCCCAGGACGUCAAUAGCGGGGGACGUGUUCAGAGGCUCGAAUCACACCCGGAGGACGAUGGGAGUGUCUCGAAUAGCGUGAUUGAAUCGCACAGUCAUAGCGAUCACAGUGACGAAGGGUUUGAGGAUAAUGAUCCCGGAGAGGUCGGGACACAGGUAGCGAAAAUGGUGUGUAAGUUUAUCGACCGCGUGUGCAAUGAGGGAAAUGUUACCGCCGAGCAUCUGAGAAACCUCCACCAAAUGGUUCCGGGUGUGAUACAGAUGCACAUCGAAACGCUGGAAUCGGUUAAUCGAGAAGCGAAACGGAUCCCUCCCAUUCAGAAACCCAAGCUGCAGUAUCCUUCAUUGCUGCUGGGAGAGGAAAUCAUCGGAGACCCUAUGCGAGUGUAUCUUCUGGCAGAUGGCCGCGAAGAGAAGGAAGUUGGAAACUCGAAUUUGUUACCGGCGGAGGGUGCACUGUUCCUUACCAAUUACCGCAUCGUGUUCAAAGGGUGGCCCUGCGAUCCGUACUGCUGCGAGCAGAGCAUCGUGCGGGCCUUCCCAAUUUCAUCGCUUACCAAAGAGAAACGGCUCACGGUAAUUUAUCUGCAACAUCUGGAGCAGGUCCUGCAAGAGGGGAUGCAACUUCGGUCGUGUACAUUCCAACUGAUCAAGGUUGCCUUCGACGAAGAAGUGAUUCAGGAAGCGAUUGAGGCUUUCCGCAAGAUGAUUCACAAGGUGCGACAUCCGGAGGAUGAGUUUGGUCAUUUCGCCUUCGCUACGACUCACGGAAUCGCGAAUCCUACGCCACUGCACAAGGCGAAGGGAAAGAAUGCUACUUUGAAGAAUUUUGCUAAGAAAACACUGCUUCGGACUGCGAAGAAAGCCGGUUUCAAGCCGAAAGGUGCGACCAAGCAAAAAUACAUUCUUCCUGGAGCUGAUUUCGAGGAGACCUACGGCAGCAGCGCAACCGGAAUCAACGAAAACCCGGAGGACGAAGAUGGUUCGGACGAGGGUGCGGAUACCAUGCCACGAGUGACGGUCAAAGAUGUGGAGCGACUGAAGGAAAGGAGUUACGUUAAGGAUUGGUUUAGAGUAGGGCUGGGCGACAUCCAGACAGGUUACCGGAUAAGUUCAAUUAAUUGUAACUAUAGUUUAUGCAGAACAUACCCCGCAAUGAUGGUCUGUCCGAAGGACGUUAGCGACGAUGCUCUAAGGAAUCUCUCUCGCUGUUACAAACACCAUCGGAUACCAGUGGCAACAUGGAGGCAUAAAAAUGGAGCCACACUUUUGAGGGGUGCUGUUCCGCUAGCGAAAGGUGUCAUGGGGAUGCUCAAAGGUCAUCCCGGAUCGUCGAAUACUUCAGCAGACUCUGCCAGCUUCCAGGAACAGGACCGCUACUUUGUGUCGGUUAUCAAGACCACACCUCACACUCGCCCUAUCCGACAUACCUGGGGUCUAUCGGACUCGAACAUCUCUCUGGAUUCGUUGGCUUUGGCCGCUAGCAACCUAAUGACCCGUUCAGACAUAUCGACCCUAACCCCCGACAUUAGUCGUAAAAACAAUGUUGGCCUGUACUCAAUGAACAAUUCAUCUUUCUCAAGCUUCGGAGCGCUUCGUUCGAAUUCCAAACCCAACAAGUGGGGCUCUCUGAAACCCAACAACCACAACAGCGCGGCUACACUCCGUGACAUCCACAGCUGGGAUCAAUCCCAUCAGUAUACCUUCCAACGUGUGCCAUUAUACUUCCUCGGCGAAAAGUCUCAAUCGAAGUCAGCCAAGCUGUCGGAAAUGUACGCCGAAUUCAUUCCCGUAGACUACACCGAUGUUCGACACUCGCGGACGGCCUUCAAGAAACUGAUGCGAGCAUGUCUGCCAUCGUGCACCACCACCGAACCCGACCAGACCUUCUCCAAGCUGGUCGAACAAUCCGAUUGGCUACAACAGAUCCGUGGCCUACUACAACUCUCUGGCGCCGUGGUAGAUCUCAUGGAUCUUCAAGAGUCUAGUGUCACACUCGCCCUUGAAGAUGGCUGGGACGUCACCGCUCAAAUAUCAUCCCUCGCUCAGCUGUGUCUCGACCCGUACUACCGGACGAUCGAAGGCUUCCGCGUACUCAUCGAGAAAGAAUGGCUCGCAUUCGGUCACCGUUUUGGACACCGCAGCAAUCUCAAACCGAACAGCAGUUCGGGGUCACCGUUCGCUCCCACCUUCCUUCAGUUUCUAGAUGCAGUGCACCAGAUUCAGUCUCAAUUUCCACUCGCAUUCGAGUUCAACGAGUUCUACCUGCGUUUCCUCGCUUACCAUCACGUGAGCUGCCGCUUCCGUACCUUCCUGUUCGAUUGUGAACUCGAACGGGUUGACUUUGGUAUUACCGCGAUCGAUGAUAAACGGGGUUCGCUUAAUUCGCACCACAAGCACGUUGUGGAAACCCUGACGGUGUCCGACGAUGACAACAUCUACCCGGGAGGGGUUAGUGGUGGCGGUGGUGGACGCGGAAAUCACGCCUCCAACACACAAAAGUUCGGACCUUCGCUGUUUGACUACAUCGAACGGCAGCACGCCAAAAAUCCCAUCUUCUACAAUUUCAUGUACACCCCAGAUCCGGAUCGACUGGUGCUACGGCCUCAGAGUGCCAUAUCCGUGCUGGAGGUAUGGUCGUACUACCUAGAUGAAGAGCUAGCUCAGGGACCUCCGUACGACCCGGAGCUGGUCUGCAGUGAUAACUUGGAGGAGGAUAGUGAUUACGCCAGCAGUGGUAGUCUAGCCAACAAGCAUCCCAGGAGGAAGGUCGUAUCGGUAGGGUACGACAGUUUGGCGAAGUUUGAUGCGGAUGCGUUUUCGCGACUGCUAGAGGAGCUUAAGAAUGCAGAGGCGGAACGGGGUUUGCUGCCGCAGAAAUGGCGCCAAGUGUGGGACAAGCUGGAGCUACCUCAUUCGGACUCGCUAGCGCGACACGCAUCGUUCAGCAGUGCUUUGGUGCGGUCACAUGGCCGAUUAUUGCACAAAAGGUCCACCUUGGAGAUUAUUAUGCGUGGUCGCCAGGUUGGUUAUCACCAGGAGAACUUCCUGCAUCCUCACCGGUUCGAGAAGCAUGCGUACUCGGCACCAAUCAAUUGUAACCACUGUGGAAAUGUCCUGUGGGGUCCGCUACUCAACGGCCUGCGAUGCGUUGACUGCGGUAACACGUACCACGAAAAGUGCGCCGAAUCGGUGCCGAAGAAUUGUACCAAGUACAAGGCGGUUGAGGGAAACCAGCAAACGCUGGCACGCAACCAGGGCGACAACAAUAGCGUUUCAUCCAGUGUGAAUACGGCCAACACUACGAGCCAGCAUUACUACGAGCAGUACAGCAGUAAUGUUGCCGACGAUAGAACACAUGAAGGCUACCUAUACAAACGGGGUGCAAUAUUGAAAAACUGGAAGCAGAGAUGGUUCGUGCUGGAUUCACACAAGCACCAGCUGAGGUAUUACGACGCAAUGGAGGACUGCAACUGCAAGGGAUAUAUUGAACUUGCUGAGGUACAGUCAGUGGCACAAGCACCACCCCAGGCUGCACCGGUGCCCUCGAAGAAAAUUGACGAGAAGGCCUUCUUUGAUCUAAAAACCAGCAGACGAACGUAUAACUUCUACGCCGUGGACGCUGCCAGCGCUCAGGAGUGGAUCGAGAAGAUUCAGGCAUGUUUGCAGUAACGAGUCGGUAAUUACACUGAUUACGGAUAGAACGGGAAGAAGGGGUUGAGAGAAAACUAGAAUUUUCCAACAGAUUUCGAAUUUUGCAUACUCAUUAUUUAGUAUACACAUACACAUACACAUCCUCUCGAAGUAAACUUUCGAUCGAAAUUGAAGGUUUUACCAAACUUAGUGUGUAUCAUAGGGAAAACAAAUAUAAAAAAGAAAACAUUUCAUAUCACUAAACGAACGCACGCGCGCGGUAGGAUUUUAGUGCAAAUUAUCCACUUACAACUCGCUCAAAUUCGAAUGUUUCGAAUUUGAUCCGCAGAGAUUAGGCUAAGGAACGACACGCGAGAAGGGGUUUGAGCUGGAGAGAACGGUGAGAAGUGCAAGGUAUUCAUAUGUGUACGUGUGUGAGUGUCACUUGUUAUGCAGUUGUUCUUAUAAGUUUUAGUAAAAACCAUUCAGCUAUUGUGCGCGUCAAAAUAAAAUUAGAAAACCUUCAUAUACAUAUAUAUUUAACGGAGACAAAGGAUGUGUCAUAACGGAGACGAUAAUAAGUCAAAAAAAAGCAAAAAGCAAAAGAAACAAUGCUUGGAAGAAAUACCAAAAGAGUUUUUAUGUUGUACUUUUGUUCUCGUUUUUAACUAGCGCCGUGCAUUUAUUUCCAUUCAGGCUUAGGAGGCGUUCUUUUAAAAAGAACUUUACGUAUUUUAUUUUAGAAUAUCAAUGUUAUACUUCUUUUUUCAACAAUCUUUAUGUAUUAUACUUGUUGUAAAGUUGUUUAUUUUAUUCUCUUUCUCGUUCUAAGUGUUGAAAAUGUUUCAAAAUCAAGAGGGAAAUUAGGUUAGAAGGAAAAGCUCAAAUAAUAUAUUAUGCAUUCGAAACAAGAAAAAGGGCGAUAGAGAGGAGUCAUCGGGCCAUAUGCAUCAUCAAUCAAAAGAUAUUAACCGAUCAACCAAUGACUACUACCUUGUACUGCAACUAUUUUGAUUUCCCUUGUUAGACUUCCAACCAGCGAACCUCCAUGUGAUAUUCUUCUUUAUAAUAUUAUAGGCUUUUUACUUUGCUAAGAAACUCCAAUCGAAACCUAACAAUUGCUACAAUUCCUUCCUGCUCUCAACAGUAGCUCUUAUAGCGAGGCAUUGAGGAAUCAAACCAGAAGUAACCCGAUCUCAGAUGUAUUUACUGUUUGCCUGUUUUGCGUUUGAAACCCGCAAGCAAGAAACACACUCUCCAGUGAAGAAAGGGACCAUUCCUGUGGAAGUACCAUACAUGAUUAAAUACAAAGCGCUUGUUCUUUCCUGUCUGUCUUCCGGACUAGUUUAGCGAAUGCGACAAAAUAAAUUAGCAUGAAAAAACACCCCCAAUAACUCAUAUCGUUAUUUCAGUUGGAUAGGAAUAUUAUUGAAAAUUAAUUUCAAUUUGUUUCAAGAACCAUUUCCUGUGUCGCGGUGUACCAUGCUGAAUCUGUGUAUCCUGUGUGAGGCCGCAUUCGUAUCAUUAGGAAAAAAUAUCGAAACAGCGACCAUGCAACACAGGCACACAAAAGCAUAAACUAUUUAGUCAAAAAAAAAGCAGUAGAAGCGAAUGUAGGAAACACAAUACAAAGUGCGAUAUUAUCCCAGCAUCAUCCUGUACAAAUUUUAACGACUAGUUUCUAGAAGCGCAUUGUGUGGAAACAAGCGAAAAAUUAAAUAUAUGUGAGCAAUGCAUAUAAAUGUCUAGGUAAUACAAAUGCUAUAAUAAAACAUUGCGAAAAGUAUAUAUA